GGUGGGAGCGAGGGGAAGGCGGGCGGGCGGGCAGAAGCGGGUCUGCGCGCCGCAGCCCGGCAGGGAUGCGGCAUGGCCGUGGGCUCCGUCAAGAUGCCGUCGCCCCGUGAGGGCGCGGAGCUGGCCCGCAGCUGGAGCCCCGGCGGCGGCGGCGGCGGCGGCGGCACCCACGACCCGCCGCCGGUGCAGCUGCGGCAGAAGCUGCGGGAGCUGCCGGCGCUGCUGCGGAGCGGGCUGACGCUGCGGAGGAAGAGCGCUGCCGCCGCCGCCGGCCGGACCCUGUCCAGAAGAAUUUCAAAUCCCUAUUUGGAAACUCCUUCAAACAAGAUUUAUGGAGAAAGUCCUUCCUGUGCUGGGAGAGCUCUCAGGAAUAUUUUUACUCUACAAGCGUCUGACCUGAUUAAAGACAGGGUGUACCUUACUGGCAUUUGCAGGAGAAGCUGUGUUGGAUCGGAACUGGUAGACUGGCUUUUGGAGCAGUGCCCUUUUGUUAAGUGCAGAUCUACAGCCGUUGGAGUGUGGCAGCUUCUCCUGGAUAUGGGCAUUAUAUUAUCAGUGGACAGACAACUCUAUUUUCAAGACAGUCAUGCUUUCUACCAGUUCUCAGCGGAUGAAUGUACCUACCUUUUCUGUGAAUUUGAGAAAGAAGAAACAUGGAAGAAUGGAGUAAAGCUCCUACUUCAACUACUGCCAUUGUCUCCUCCCAGGAUUGACAUGUGUAAUCUGCCUGAUCAGAAAAUAGAAGAUACGGCAGAAACCAAUGCUGAAAUUCUUGCUCGUCUCACUUCUGCGGUACAGAGGGAACUGGCUGCUGUCAUUGCCUUGAAAGCCAGGAAGUCAGCAAUUAAUCAAAAUGAAGAAAACAGCAGUCAAGAAAUAAGAGGACCAGAAGAGCUCAAGGAUGCCUCUGAUGCUCAGGCAGGGGUUUUGUGCAAGCUCCAGGGAAGAGAUGACAUCGGCCGGAUUGAGCUGGUCCAGAAGCUGGCGAGAGAAAACUGCCAGUUUUUGCAGGCGGAUCGAAAACCACUGGAGAAGGCAGAACAAGCGGACGAUGGAGGCGGCGGCGAUGGGGCGCGGGAGGAGGCCGGCGCAGCGCUGGUGCUGCGGAAGGUGUGGUCACGCAGCCCGGCCCCCGAGCGGCGCGGGAGAUACGUGGUGGUGUCGGGGACGCCGGAGAAGAUUUUGGAGCAUCUCCUCAGCGACCUGCACCUGGAAGCCGCCCAGGACAAAGAGACGGAAACUCUACUGGAUGACUUCCUUCUCACGUACACAGUCUUCAUGACGACUGAUGACUUGUGCCAGGCACUUCUGAGGCACUAUUGUGUCAAGAAUCACCAAGGGAAAGAAGACGACUCUGAUGUGUCCUGUAGGAAACGAAAAGUCUUGCAUUUGGUGUCUCAGUGGACUUCUCUCUACAAAGACUGGUUACACGAAGAUGAGCAUUUAAAACAAUUUUUAAAGACGAUAUACAGGAAUGUGUUAGAUGAUGUGUAUGAAUAUCCCAUUCUUGAGAAGGACCUGAAAGAAUUUCAGAAGAUACUUGGAAUGCAUCGUCGUCACACUGUAGAUGAAUAUUCACCUCACCGAAAGAAUAAAACCUUUUUCCACCAGUUCAGUCUAAAGGAGAACUGGCUGCAGCACAGAGGAACCAUGAAUGAAACAGAAGAAAUUUUCUGCCGUGUGUAUAUAACGGAGCACUCCUAUGUCAGUGUGAAAGCUCAAGUAUCCACUUCAGCUCAGGAGAUACUGAAGAUCGUAGCAGAAAAGAUCCAGUACCCAGAAGAGGAGUUGGCGCUGGUGACAGUCACGUUCUCUGGCGAAAAACAUGAACUACAACCAAAUGACUUGGCUAUCUCAAAAUCUUUUGAGUCAUCCAGUCGUAUGUUUGUCUACCGAAAAGAUCUGACUGAUUCUUUGAACCCGUUUGCUGAAAAUGAGGAAUUGCAGCAAAGGUCUGUGAGAAUUUUGGGAAUCAACACCUGGGAUCUUGCCUUAGAACUAACAAACUUUGACUGGAGCCUCUUCAAUGCAAUUCACGAGCAAGAGCUGAUAUACUUCACGUUCAGCAGACAGGGAAGUGCUGAGAACACCGAGAAUCUCAGUCUUCUGCUUCAAAGAUGCAAUGAGGUCCAGCUUUGGGUUGCCACUGAGAUACUCCUCUGCAGCCAGCUGUGCAAACGUGUCCAGCUAGUCAAAAAGUUCAUCAAGAUUGCUGCCCACUGUAAAGCCCAAAGAAAUCUGAAUUCAUUCUUUGCUAUUGUUAUGGGUCUCAACACUGCAUCCGUCAGCCGGCUGUCUCAGACGUGGGAGAAAAUUCCUGGGAAGUUCAAGAAACUUUUCACUGAACUUGAAAGUUUGACGGACCCUUCUCUGAAUCACAAAGCUUACAGAGAUGCAUUCAAGAAAAUGAAAUCGCCGAAAAUCCCCUUCAUGCCCCUACUUCUGAAAGAUGUCACAUUCAUUCACGAAGGAAAUAAAACUUUUCUGGAUAACCUUGUUAAUUUUGAAAAGCUGCACAUGAUUGCAGAUACUGUUCGGUCAUUGAGACAUUGCAGAAAUAACCAGUUUGGCAAUGAAGUUCCUUCGAAAGAGCAUCAUGAGCUGAAGCCAUACGUCCAUCACCUGCAUGUCAUCGACAACCAACAAGCUCUGUUUGAGCUUUCUCACAGGAUAGAGCCGCGAGUGUGAGCGUACACAGCUUCAUAUAACCUUGUAACUGCAGCACUUUGAAUUAAGUGAAUGUUUAUGCCAAGCAUGUUGCUUCCCUAUAUAAGAACAGUUUACUGAGUUUUAUCAGUAGCUCAACACAACAUGCGCAGGAAAAUCAGGCACGAGCCAGCAAAGGAGCUGCUCACAGAGUCGCAGGGCAAGCUUGGUGCCAUCCCCACUGGUCACCAGGACAGGAGGGAGCGGAGCAGCAUCCUUUGAGCUCAGGAGCUUGGUUUCUGUGAAAAUAUUGUUUGGUCCAGUGUAGCUUUCAAUGCAGAUUCUGCCAAUAUUAGAAUGAAAGGAAUCGUCGUGUCACCGCAGCAAAACAUUUCAGCAAGCAACAUGCCGCAAGGGGAUUGAAGCUCAGUUCACCGCAUUCAGCUCACCACCAGUUCAAGGCUGCCAAAGUAUUGUUGCCAAAAAUACUGUGCAAUCCGUGCAGCUCCCCUGAGUCCACUGGAGCAUCGUACUUGAGCUAAGUGGGGACAACCAAGAACAGGAAUAUAAAAAGACAGGGCACCAGACGAAACUCAAAAGUGCGUCGUGAUGUGGAGGUCAGCAGUAAACAGUUCACGCUGUUAUGGUCCCUUAAGAAUCUGCUUUAUAAAACACACUGUAAGAGCCAAUCCACUUUUGUUGCAAUUUACGGACACAAUUGUUUGUACACUGAAAACAUGUUAUUUUCUUUCUUUUCAGUUAUCUUAGAUUCAGCACCAGCUCCUGCCGUUAAUGUGUUAUAAAUUAUUAUAGUAGGAGCUGUGUUUUCUGCUUGGAUUACAGCCUCCUUGGUGUAAUGCAAUGCCUAGAUCCACCCACAUUCCUAACUCACCUCCUGGAAAUACUGUUUCAGCAGGUAAAACUUCACCUAACUUGCACACGCUUCUAGUUUUUAAAGAACAGAAGGGUACACCUUAUCGGGUACCACUGUAAUUACCUGCAUACACACCAGCUUACAGCAUCAGGGGCCCUUUACUGCUACUGUCCCACUCACACUCCUCUCCAGGCCAAUUUUCAUGUAGCAACAAGUACUACUACUCAGCAUGUACUGAGGCAGCGCUUUUAAAGUCUUGUCUACAGUUGACCUACAUCUAAGCACCGCCAUCACCGUGGCUCUGGUUUUCAGUGCUAAGAAGUUGCCCUGAAAUAAUCUAGCGAAUGCCACGGGCAACGUGCAGUGUGCUGCACAGUCUGGCACGUGUUUGUACGCUGGCUCGAGGUAACAGUCCCUUUGCAGAGCAGGGAGGGUACAUUGCAUUGCUUGCCCAUCUCUAUCCCAUGUUUCCCACGUGAGGAAGACUUCCAAGAGAAUGCUCCUUUCCUGAAAUGUGGGAAUACUGAAGUAGCAUGCUCUUCAUCAUUGUGUUAUCUCUGGUUUAAAGGGAUUUUUAAAAAAGCAGCUUUAACAAGUAGUCUGUGGGGGAAUCUGUAGACUGCAUUCGGUUUUCCCAUCUGUGAAAUAUUGUAUAGAUCUAUUGUAAAGGAAACAGAUGUUUCAGAAAUGUAUUUGCUUGUACUUUGUUAUUAUCAAAUGCUAUAUGAUUUUUUUUUUUUUAAGAAAAAAAAAUCUUCUUUUUACCCAGUAAAAAGAAAAAAAAAUAAACUCUUGCUGGCCAUGGAGUAAAAAUUUCCUAUGUUCUUCUGUAGAUGUGACUGCACAUAUUGUAAAUAACUCUUUUGUGCAAACAGACCAAAACUGUUCAGAUGAGGAUACUAGCUGCGGUGGGCUCCUUUUGGCAGUGUAAGAACACAAACCAGAUACAAUUUGCUGCUUGCGUUAUUGCAGUUCUCCCUCUGGCUACAGCAUUCCCCGCAUCCCCACCCUAGCCGCAUCACCUGGGUGCUUUGCUGGGUUUUGAGCUCCCCCUUGUGAAAUCUUUUUUUACUGUGGCAUUAUUUUACCAGCCUGCAUGCUAAAUUUAGCUCAUGUGGUGUUAACACUCUAGUCCACAAGCUGUUCUCCUGACAUCUGUGGGAGAGGGAGCGUAAGAAAGUAUUCAGGAUGAGAAAGUGGGGCUGUUUCUCAGUUCACUGCAUUUGGCUCUGUGAUAGUUUUGGUAGUUGCUGCUGCUGAAGCAGCAGCAGUGCCAGAGGAGAAUAAAAGACAAGGAAAUUAAAGAAGGGGGCAAAAGACAGAAACAAACAAACAA